AUGUUGUAUCCGCUGUUUUUCCCGUACGGCGAGGCCGGUUGGCAUAACGGGAUGUUGCAAGCGGGCAACCGACGAAACAAUGUCCGCAAUCGCAACAGUAUCAGAGAGUUUGAGUGCUACCGUUUGGCUGUUAGAUAUCAGGGAAAUAACGACCAAAGACAUGAACUGUUUAGUUUAUUACAUCAGGGUCGGUUCUUGUUGCAGAUGUAUGUGUGCGACCAGUAUGUUCGAAUGGAGUCGAACAAUCUGAACUACAUACGUUUGCACCAGAGGGAUCUCCUCGCCGAAGCGUAUCAAGGGCUCAUGGACCAUGUGAACCAACAGCUCCACGUCGAUCCCAUGGCGGUCGGGCGUAGGGUCAUAUUGCCGUCGACGUUCACGGGUAGCGACCGAUUCAACAAGAUGAAUUAUCAAGACGCCAUCACCAUAGUGCGUACCAAAGGGAAACCCGACCUGUUCAUAACGUUUACGUGCAAUCCCAGGUGGCCAGAGAUCACUGAAAACCUGGCUGCCCACAGCACGGCAAGCGACAGGCCAGACCUGGUGGCCAGACUGUUCAACAGUAAGCUACAGGAGCUAAUAGGUGACAUAACUGUACAUCGUGUGUUUGGUAAUGUCAGCGCUUACGUGUACACUAUGGAGUUUCAGAAACGUGGUCUGCCCCAUGCGCAUAUACUGAUAAUCCUGGCGGAGGACUGUAAGUUCCGCACGGCCGAGGACGUGGACGACGUGGUUUGCGCCUUCUUGCCGGACCCCGCAAUCGACAGGCGCUUACACGACUGCGUCAAGUCUCACAUGAUCCACGGGCCGUGUGGAACAGUCAAUCCACAGUGUCCGUGCAUGGUGGACAACAAAUGCUCCAAAGAUUUCCCGAAAGCGUAUGCAGAGGAGACUGUGUACGUUGCGGACGGCGGAUAUCCAAAGUACCGCCGGCCGGGUGGUACUUGUGAGAGGUCGUGA